AUGGCUACAGCUGGUGGUGGAGCUAAGAAGGGAGACGGUGAGCAGGAAGGCGGAAGACUGCAGAAAAAGCGCCGUCUCUCACCGUCUUCCAUUACCAAAGACGGAGAAGUCAACAACAGCUGGCAAAACACACCACCAUUUUCCACCAACGAACCCUUCACGCCGCCUGUCAAGAAUCCAAUCCCACGAGUCUCUGCCGAUUCCCUCUCCAUCGAAGCAUUUCAGUCACACCUUGCGAAACCUCGCCCGGACCGCGGCCCCGGCCCAGCUCCCCUGAUCAUCACAGGUCUAGUAGACCACUGGCCAGCACUCACCACCCACCACUGGAACAAGCCCGCCUACCUCUUAUCUCGCACGCUCUCCGGCCGACGGCUUGUCCCCGUUGAGAUAGGCCGCAGUUACGUCGAUGAAGGUUGGGGACAAAAGAUCAUCUCCUUUGGCGAGUUCUUAUCCAAGUACAUCGACGCUUCUAUCCCUUUCACCCUUCCCUCUUCUAACGUUUCCCCUUUCCUGUCCUCGUCCUCCUCCUCCUUAGCCCAACCGCAACCGCAGUCCUCACCCUCCUCCAACUCACUACCACCCGAAAAAGACAACCCCAAAACCAACUCCCAAAUAGCCUACCUAGCCCAACACCCCCUAUUCCUCCAACUCCCCCGUCUCCGGCAAGACAUCCUAACCCCGGACCUGUGCUACACCGCGCCUCCUUCACACCCCACGGACCCGAGCCAAGAUCAACCGGAACUUGACUCACCACAACUCAACGCGUGGUUUGGACCGCCGGGCACGAUCACGCCGCUGCAUACGGAUCCGUACCAUAAUCUGCUGGUGCAAGUGGUGGGCAGGAAGUAUGUGAGGCUGUAUGGACCCGAAGAGACGGGGACUGGAAGGAUGAGGCCGAGGGGAAAAGAGGGGGGCGUGGAAAUGGGGAAUACUAGUGAGGUUGAUUUGGGGGUUGUUGAGGGGUGGGAUAAACUUCAGGGUGACGGGGAGGGCAGGGAGGGAGGUGAGGAUGAAAAUGAAGGAGAGGCUUGGGAGGAGGACUUCAAAAAGGUGCCGUUUGUGGAUUGUAUCUUGGAGCCGGGAGAUGCGCUUUAUAUACCGAUUGGGUGGUGGCAUUAUGUGAGGGGGUUGAGUGCCGAGAGCCUUUCCCUUAUCGCCCUCUCCGCCGCUUGCGUCGCCGUCCUCGCCAACACCUUCCAAGGCGAUGGCUACCCGCUCAUUGCCUCGUUCGCGCUCAGCGGGUUGGCGUUUAGCGCGACCUUCUCGAUGAUCAGAUGGCUGGGACCGACCUUUAUGAAAGCCGGCUUGAAGGGCGUGGAUAUGAGCAAACACCACAAGAAGGAGCUACCGGAGUGUAUGGGCGGGAUAGCGGCCAUUGUAUACCUGCUGGCUGUUAUCGUCUUCAUCCCGUUCCCGUUUUACAAGGACAUUGUCGCGGCGACCAGCGGCGGUGGAAAUAGGGAUGUGGUGAUGCAUGUUGAGCAUGUACAGGAGGGGAGGUUCUUGCAUCGGUUUCCACAUGGGAAGCUAGCCUCCUACCUCUCCGCCGUCAUGGCCCUCCAAUCCAUUUCCCUCCUCGGCAUAGGCGACGACCUCUUCGACAUCCGCUGGCGGCACAAAUUCUUCAUCCCUGCCUUCGCCUCCAUCCCUCUUUUGGUCGUCUACUUUGUCGACUUCGGCGUAACCUCCGUCGUGAUCCCGCUCCCUUUACAGCCCUACCUAGGCGAGCUCUUCAACCUCGGCGCGCUAUACUACGUCUACAUGGCCUCGGUCGCCAUCUUUUCCCCCAACAGUAUCAACAUCCUGGCCGGCAUCAACGGCAUCGAAGUCACCCAGUCCAUCGUUAUCGCGAUGCUGCUCGCCUUCAACGAUUGUCUCUACCUCUUGACGCCCUCGGGCGGUCCAUUCCCGCACCCGGCUACCGACUCCCACCUGUUCUCGCUUUACUUUUUGCUUCCCUUCCUGGGCGUCUCGUUUGCCCUGCUCUGGCACAACUGGUACCCCGCCCGCGUCUUUGUGGGGGAUACGUACUGCUACUUUGCCGGCAUGGUCUUCGUGGUGGUUAGCAUAUUGGGGCACUUCAGUAAGACUUUGAUCUUACUCUUGAUCCCGCAGAUCUUCAACUUUGUUUAUUCGGUUCCGCAGCUGUUUGGGCUGGUGCCCUGUCCGCGCCAUCGGCUGCCGAGGUUCAAUGCGCGCACGGGGUUGUUGGAGCCCAGCGUGACGUCAUGGACACCCGAGAGACAGCCGAAGCCGUUGAUCGCGUGGGGGCUGAAGACGCUGGAUAAGCUGAGGUUGUUGAGGGUCACGCUGGAUGAGGAGGGUAGGUUCGUGGAGACGAGCAAUUUUACGAUUCUGAACUUGUGGUUGGUGUGGAGGGGCCCGUUGAGGGAGGAUAGGCUGGCAAUGGAGAUUACGGGGAUGCAAGUUGUCGUGGGCCUGUUUGGGUUGUUUGUGAGGCAUCGGUUGGCGUUGAUUGUGUUUAAGCAAUAA